AUAAUGAACCACCACAUGCUCCCAAACACCAAAUGCAUCCAUAUAUCAUAAGUGAAGGAAAACUUCAGUCACCGGAAAAGAAAACAUCAUCAGGAAAAAGGGGAUAUACAUUGCCUGAUGGUUCAAAAAUAGAAAAGGCGACUCCCCUUGAUUUAGUACAGUCGGAUGAUGAUGACCAUCCCUCUCAAGAAGAUAAUGACGAAGAUGAAGGUAUACCUGAUUUGAAAGACACGGUUAUCAACAAUUCAAAAAAAUGGAUGUUACCUUCAGGGCAGAAUGUAGGUGACAUUGUCGAUGAAAAUGUAUCUGCCAACGCAGAAAAAGUCAAGAAUAAGAAAAAAUUUACCAUAUACGAAAAAGCCAUAUUAAGAUAUGGCGCGUCAAAUAUAAUAGAUUUAUCUGUCAUGAGUGAAUGGUUUUCCGCUAAGGAUAUAAAAUUCAUGGGGAAAAAUUAUGUUGAUCUAUUAAAAGUUCCUCAGUUGCCAGCAGGAGAAAGUUCAUUUAUAUCGAAAGUUGAAAGUGGAGAUGUGAACGGUGCAUAUAAGCUUUGCAUCGAAAAUCACGUUAAUUCCGAAGAAAACAACCGUAUGCACAAAAUAAGUAAGAUAUAUGUCGAUUUGUAA